AUGGAUUUACCUGCGCCAAUACAUGAUAUUCUUUUAGUAUCUCUGGGAUCAGGUCUUAUAGUAGGAGGUCUAGGAGUGGUAUUACUUACCAAUCCAAUUUAUUCUGCCUUUUCCUUGGGAUUGGUUCUUGUUUGUAUAUCUUUAUUUUAUAUUCCAUCGAACUCUUAUUUUGUAGCUGCUGCGCAGCUACUUAUUUACGUGGGAGCCAUAAAUGUCUUAAUCUUAUUUGCUGUGAUGUUUAUGAAUGGUUCAGAAUAUUACAAUUCUUUUCAUUUUUGGACUGUCGGAGAUGGAUUCACUUCGCUAGUUUGUACAAGUAUUUUUUUUUCACUAAUUGCUACUAUCCCAAACACGUCAUGGUACGGGAUUAUUUGGACUACAAGAUCAAACCAGAUCAUAGAACAGGACCUGACAAGUAAUGUUCAACAGAUUGGGAUUCAUUUAUCAACAGAUUUUUAUCUUCCAUUUGAACUGAUUUCUAUAAUCCUUUUAGUUUCCUUAGUGGGCGCAAUUGCUAUGGCUCGCCGGGAAUAG